AUGCUCCUGGCUGUUUUGUACUGCCUGCUGUGGAGUUUCCAGACCUCCACUGGCCAUUUCCCUCGAGCCUGUGUCUCCUCGAAGAACCUGAUGGAGAAGGAAUGCUGCCCACCGUGGAGCGGGGACAGGAGUCCCUGUGGCCAGCUUUCAGGCAGAGGUUCCUGUCAGAAUAUCCUUCUGUCCAAUGCACCACUUGGGCCUCAAUUUCCCUUCACAGGGGUGGAUGACCGGGAGUCGUGGCCUUCCGUCUUUUAUAACAGGACCUGCCAGUGCUCUGGCAACUUCAUGGGAUUCAACUGUGGAAACUGCAAGUUUGGCUUUUGGGGACCAAACUGCACAGAGAGACGACUCUUGGUGAGAAGAAAUAUCUUUGAUUUGAGUGCCCCAGAGAAGGACAAAUUUUUUGCCUAUCUCACUUUAGCAAAGCAUACCAUCAGCUCAGACUAUGUCAUCCCCAUAGGGACCUAUGGCCAAAUGAAAAACGGAUCAACACCCAUGUUUAACGACAUCAAUAUUUAUGACCUCUUUGUCUGGAUGCAUUAUUAUGUGUCAAUGGAUGCACUGCUUGGAGGAUCUGAAAUCUGGAGAGACAUUGAUUUUGCCCAUGAAGCACCAGCUUUUCUGCCUUGGCAUAGACUCUUCUUGUUGCGGUGGGAACAAGAAAUCCAGAAGCUGACAGGAGAUGAAAACUUCACUAUUCCAUAUUGGGAUUGGCGGGAUGCGGAAAAGUGUGACAUUUGCACAGAUGAGUACAUGGGAGGUCAGCACCCUGCAAAUCCUACUUUACUCAGCCCAGCAUCAUUCUUCUCCUCUUGGCAGAUUGUCUGUAGCCGAUUGGAGGAGUACAACAGCCAUCAGUCUUUAUGCAAUGGAACCCCCGAGGGACCUUUACGGCGUAAUCCUGGAAACCAUGACAAAUCCAGAACCCCAAGGCUCCCCUCUUCAGCUGACGUAGAAUUUUGCCUGAGUUUGACCCAAUAUGAAUCUGGUUCCAUGGAUAAAGCUGCCAAUUUCAGCUUUAGAAAUACACUGGAAGGAUUUGCUAGUCCACUUACUGGGAUAGCAGAUGCCUCUCAAAGCAGCAUGCACAAUGCCUUGCACAUCUAUAUGAAUGGAACAAUGUCCCAGGUACAGGGAUCUGCAAACGAUCCCAUCUUCCUUCUUCACCAUGCAUUUGUUGACAGUAUUUUUGAGCAGUGGCUCCGAAGGCACCGUCCUCUUCAAGAAGUUUAUCCAGAAGCCAAUGCACCCAUUGGACAUAACCGGGAAUCCUACAUGGUUCCUUUUAUACCACUGUACAGAAACGGUGAUUUCUUUAUUUCAUCCAAAGAUCUGGGCUAUGACUAUAGCUAUCUACAAGAUUCAGACCCAGACUCUUUCCAAGACUACAUUAAGUCCUAUUUGGAACAAGCCAGUCGGAUCUGGUCAUGGCUCCUUGGGGCAGCGAUGGUAGGGGCCGCCCUCACUGCCCUGCUGGCAGUGCUUGUGAGCUUGCUGUGUCGUCACAAGAGAAAGCAGCUUCCUGAAGAAAAGCAGCCACUCCUCAUGGAGAAAGAGGAUUACCACAGCUUGUUGUAUCAGAGCCAUUUAUAAAAGGCUUAGGCAAUAGAGUAGGGCCAAAAAGCCUGACCUCACUCUAACUCAAAGUAAUGUCCAGGUUCCCAGAGAAUAUCUGCUGGUAUUUUUCUGUAAAAACCAUUUGCAAAAUUGUAACC